GGACCGUCCCUAUUAUGGGCCGUCCCUAUUAGUAAUGUUUAUAUAGAUAUAGAUGUUCCUUUAAUGGUCUAUGGUGAAGGGUAUAGACUAUGCUGAGGGCCACCGGGUGAUAAAAUACCAAGAUGUGGCAGUGUAGGAAGUGUGGCCGACCAGUCUACUUCGCUGAGAGAAAACAGUCACUAGGAUUUGACUGGCAUCCAAAAUGCUUGCGUUGUGAAGAAUGUGGCAAGCGGUUGAAUCCUGGCCAACAUGCUGAGCACAAGGGCGUGCCAUAUUGCCAUCACCCAUGUUAUGGAGCACUGUUUGGCCCUCAGCUCUUUGGUCAUGGUACACGCAAUGAAUGUCACACUUCAUUUGGCAAAGUUGAAAACAGGGACGGCCAAGUUAAAAGAUCACAUAUUGAGGCCAAGUUGAAAGCUUACAACCAGUAUUAUGAAGGCAAACCCGGAGAACUAAAGAGCAGAGAGGCCAAUGGUCGAAUGAUCUUGGAAGGUGUGUUGAAGAUCUACUGGGGAGUGCGUAAUGUCAUCCACCUGAAGGAGGAGGACGACCAGCGGACAAUUGCCGUUCGCAGACGGUCGACUGCAAACUCGACUGCCUUUUACUCUGAUAGUGAUGAUGAGGAGCAGACUCUCUGGCGGGAGGAUUGUCUGAAUGGCUGGCGUACUCCUCAGUCCCCAAGUUCACCACAAACUCCCAAAGUUAAUUCACUGGGGAGACAUACAUUACCCUGCAUAUUUCUUAGUGACCAGUUAUUUCAUGAGAGAGAAGGCAGUAGACCUCUCACCCCUGUUACAUCAACUGAGCCAAUAUUUUCUUCAACAAGGGAAGAUGGAGUUGACUCUAGUAACAAAAUCUACAGUCAAGCAGACAGGAAGGAUCAGACACAGAGAGAAACCAAAGCAGAUCUGGGUGUUAAUGGGGAUGUAUGGAAGAACACUGUUAGUAAUACCUGUUGUAACUUAAUUACCUUGUUAGAUGCUGAGUGUGGUAAUACCACAAAGUCAACAAAUGGUGUUGUGAGUGUCAGAGAGGAGACUUCACUCACCCCUAAGUCCGUAACUGUUGAUAUCUCCAGCACCAAUACCAAAGUCAAGAACAUGUCUCCAGAUGUCACUCUAAAUAACAAUCCUUUGUCUCCUAGUUUUGAAUCUCCUACUGAUGGUGAAAAUAGAGAUUCUUCAGUCGUAGAAAACAAUGACUCCGGCGAGCUUAACACAAGCCUUGAUGACCAGACACCAUCAAGAAGGGCUGCCGCCAUGAAAACUGGAAGUUCUGCUAUUCGGAGAAGGCCAGGCAGGAGGAUGGAUAAGACCAAGCUCAAGAGGCGAUGUUCAAUCAAUGGUCACUUCUAUUUAAGAGAGACCAGCACCUUCACACCCCCUCAUGGCUCACCCUGCAGUGUGUGGGUCACCUCCUUAGUUACAGCAGAGGAGGUCCUUAACAUGCUGUUGGAGAAGUACAGAGUGGAAAUGUCAACUCGCAACUUUGCCCUCUUCGUAAUUAAAGAUAAUGGAGAGAGACGAAGAAUUCGAGAUGACGAGUACCCUCUGAUAACACGUGUCAUGCUUGGUCCGCAUGAGGAUGUUGCACGUGUGUUUAUUGUUGACGCUCAGCAGACAGAGGAAAUAUCCCCCCAGGUGGCACAGUUUCUCAACCUAAGCUUAGCUGAAUGCCGUGCCAUCCUUCAGCAGUACGAACAAGAAGAACGGCGGCAAAUUCUAGCAGUUAAACAAAAGUAUGAAGAUAUGGCAUUUUACAUACAGCGGAGGAUGAAGGAACUGCGUGGGGUGUGAACCUGGCAGGAGUUACUUGGGUGUGCCUGGAGAAGUGAAUCUGCAGUGGAUACUCACAGUGAGAGCAAAUAUAUUUUGGUAUAUAUUAUGGGAAGAGUUGGAAUGAUCUGACAUUGAGAGAUAGAGGAACUGUGGAAACUUAGGUGUAGAGGGAAACACCACUUGAUUAGGUUAAGAAUAGUCUUUUUAUUGGUAGACCAAGAGGCUCUCUUUUAUAUAUGUAUGGAGAUGCUUGUUAAUGAGUUUGUUUUUUAGUAAGUCUCCAUUAUAUGCACAUAUCUAUUUUUAUUUCUUAUGUAUAAUAAUUCUCCUUGACAUGUGAAGUAGGAGGAGAAGGUUUUAAUCAGUACAGGAAAUGGUUAUUAUGAUCAGUGGGCUCAUUUUCAAGACGGAGGAACAAAAUUUACAUUCCAGAGGCAUUUUUUGAGUUUUCUGAUUCAGGUAGAAUAUAUCCAAAGGCUAAAUCCAAAGGCUUUACUGAACUGUAGAUUAUGUGUGGUGGUGAGUUUCUGCAUACUUCAAGGGGCCAGUAAUAGGAAAUUAAAUCUUCCAUGCCUUAUUUCUAAUCCCUUUAAGAUUAUAUUGCUCAAAAACUUUUGAUUAGUCACUCGAAGACUAACCUGAGGCAUUGUGUGACCUUAAGUUUCAUAGCCCCGACAUGUGAGUUGUAAACCCAGCAUAGCACAUAAAAUAUAAUGAUUCAUGUAAAAAUAAAAAGAAUCUUACAGAUAACUUAAACGUUACUGGACACACUUGCUGUGACCUGAGUGUAGAACUUCAAUGAGUUAAUUUAAAGCCACAACAUUAAAUCCUGGGCACUGUUUUUAUGAGUUACCUCAGACUCUCGAGUACACACCAGCCCUUACGUGAUCUGGGACCUACGUACUGAGGAGCCGUGUGUUGGAGUGUCCAUGCUUCCUAUUGUGUACAGGCGGUCACCAGGGAAGGUCAAGCAAUAAGAGGUUGAUUGAAUGAUGUGAACUUUAGUUAACCAGGUGAAAGUGAAGUUGAGUUAGGUUCAGUAAGAAGUGGUGAUAUUAUGUGGAAUGUAAUGUAAUGUAUGAGGAAAUAUGUUGUAACAUUUUCCUCUACUGUAUCAUAAGGUAAUUAUGAAAAAUGCAGGUCUAAGAUAAUGCAUAGGAAUAUAUAGUGUCUUAAAAGUUUGUAAAUUAUAAUAUAUGAUUAUUUUUAAUGGUGUUUAGGUGCUUUUACAGAAAUCUUAAGGCUGUAUAAAUGUUUGUGAGAAAUGGAAACACAAAACAAAAAGAAGCAAUUGGCUGUACUUAUAGUGUAAGUUGGCAAUAUUGGAAUAGAUAAAGUACAUUCACCUUCCUGAGACUUGAGGUACAUCUAUUAAAGCUGAAUUAAUAGUUACCAGUUUCUUGACUCAGUACAGAUAGUUAUUAGAUAUUACCAUCAGGCAGAGUUCAUGCACAACUAGAUUUUAGAUUAUCCAUACUUCCUCACCGAUGAUCUAUUCCCGAUUUUUCCCCCAAAGAAUAAUGUACUAAUUCAUCCAAAAGCUCUUAAUAUAUGGGACCAAUUAUACCCUCCCUUUAAACACUCAACUGAUGUCAUCUCAAUCAUGUGGUCAUUUACCCCAGGGUAGUGUUCCAGUCAUGGCCGGUAUAUCUUGGGUCAGUGAACACAGUGCCUUGGCUGUGAGUAGUUCAGUUUCAGUAUGAAGGUGACAUGGUGGCUUGUUUGCUUUAAAACUGUAAUAAGUAGUUUUGGGGAAUGUUGCAUUUUGCUGGUGACAAUGAACAGCAGAAGAUAAAACAUGUGAAAGUGUGGGCCAUUUACAGUUGGUACCUUAACUCACUACCAGCCUGCAGGUGCUGAUGUCCAGUGUUUCAGAAUAAAACAAGAUGAGGACUGGAUGUGGGUUUAAGAUUUCAUACAUAAAGUGUGGUGUGACUAGAAACUAUGUGGCAUGUAUUUUCCAAGCUUGUUAUCCUUCACUGCUUCUCUAGAGGGAGCUAUUGAGAUGGCAGAGUCUGAAUGUGUCCAACUUUCUGAACACAUUUAAUUUGAACUGGUAACAAAGGAUUUUAACCCAAAUUGGAGUAUAGGUUUAUCACAGUAGUCUCUGAUAAGUUAAGUGCUAGAUGUGUGGGACAAAACGUGUAGUAUGUUGAAAGGCUAAUUUAUCUCUUAUUAUAGUUCUUGUAGACGGAAAGGGAGGAUUGAGCCCAAAAAGUAGCUUGAAGAUUUUGAUAUACCUGACAGAAUGAGGCUCUUUACUCACUGAUUGUGCCUGGUUUCUCUGCUGCUGUUAUGUAUGUAUUAUAACUUUCAUUUGAGCGAUCAAAGGUUAAUUUUUGUUCACUGUUGUAAACCCUUUACCACUAUAGCAUAUAGAAGCUGGCAUACAGAGCACCAACUCUCUGCAGAAGCCAUCAUUUAGUCUUUCUGUAAUCUUAGACAACACAAUCCUCCAGCUGAACAAUAGCUAUCCCUCCCCCCCAUGUAAUAGAUGCUCAAGUUAGAUUACAGUAUUUGAUAGUCCUAGGUCCUUAGAACUUCCAAUGCCUACAAGGAUCUUUUGUAAGCUUAUGGAUUUUCAAUAUAUAUAUAUGCUUGUAUGUCUUUAGAUUUGGGUAGUUGGGCAGGAUUUUGGAUUUUAUUAUUAUUUUUGUUUUUUGUACUUUGUUGACCCUUGGUCUCCCAUAUAUGCAGCGCUGUAGCAAAAGCAAUGUUAAUAUA